AUGGCGGAUCCAAUUGUCACCUCAGAAGCUCUUAGUGAGUAUGAUGGUGGUGACACUGAUAAAAACAAUCUGGAUGCUUAUGAUACAAAUCAAUUCACACAGCAUCAGCAAGAAUUCUUGGAACAACAGGAACAAAACUUUAAAAAACAACAACAAUUAUCCUCAGAACAUCAGCAGCAGCUUUUAGGACAACAGCUACAAUUCUUAGAGCAACAGCAACAACUCUUGGAACAACAAAAACGAAAACCCACACAACAAAAACAAUUCUUGGAAAAACAGCUACAACUCACACAACAAUUACAACAGCUCUUACAACAACAACAACAACAAUUACAACAACAACAGCAACAAAUGCUACAACAACAACAACAACAAGAACAAGUUUUACAACAACAGCAACAACCUUUACAAAAACAACUUUUAGAAGUUUUAGAACAACAGCAACAACUCUUACAUCAACAAUUGCAACAACCUCCACAAAAACAGCAAAAGUUUUUACAACAGCAGCAAAAACUAUUACAAAAGCAGCAACAAUUAACACAACAACAGCAACAACUCUCACAACAGCAACAACAGCAACAAAUUUUACAAGAACAGCAAGAAUUCUUGCAACAACAAAAAUUCUUACAACAACAGGAAGAGCACUUACAACAACAGAAAGAACUCUUACUACUACUGCGACAAUUCACACAACAGCAACAGCAGCAACUUCUUUUAGAAUAUAAACAAAAACCCACUCAACACCAGCAACAUCUCUCAGAACUCUUAAAACAACGCCACCAACUUCUACAAAAACAGCAACAAUUCACACAACAACAGCAACAACUCUUGAAGAAUCAGCAAAAAUUCACACAACUGCAAUUAUUACAACAAUUUGUACAAGGACAAGUCACCAUACCAACAAACUAUCAGGAGGAGUUGAAAAGUGAAAUCAAAAAAUUGGUGAAUAAAAACAAUGAAUUGGAAAACAAAUCCAACAAGAUAAUCCAUGAAUUAAAAAUUACAUAUGAUGACUUGACUAGUAAAUACAAUGAAUUAAUAAGUAAAAAUAAAGAAUUUAUAAAUUUUGAGAGUCAAUCAAAUAAAAUCCAAGAACUGGAAAGUAAAAACAAUGCAUUGGAAAGUACCAUUAAUAAAAUUAAUAAAAUGAAAAAUGAAAAAAAAAAAUUGGAAAAUAAAAAUAAUCAAACAAUCAAUGAAUUGAAAAAUAAAAACAAAAAAAUGACCAACAAAUUGAAAAGUCAAACCAGUGAAAAUGAUAAAAUGAUUAAUAAAUUGAAAAGUGAAAACAAUAAAUUGGAAAGUGAAAACUAUAAAUUGAAAAGUGAACUCAAGGAAUUGGAAAAUGAAUUCAAUAAAUUGAAAAGUGAAAACAAUGCAUUGGAAAAUGAAGGUUUAAAUAGUUUGGAUUAA